AACCGCUGAGACCAGACAACAGUUUUCUACAUGGGAGCCGCACAGCCUGCAUGCCGUGUCUGCGAACCGACUGCCCUGGCUCUGCUUUUACAGCCGCCGGCUCACCUGUUGAGGUGUCGGCGUUUGCGAAGGAGCAGUCUGAAACCGGCGUUUUGCUGUCUUGUUGUCAUUGUUGCGCUUAAGCGCUAACGUUAGCCCGCUGGUUAGCCGCAGAGCUUGCGUCACCAUUGUUGCCGGUGAUACGCGGACGGAGACGCCGCCGGGGCGUGGAGGCGGCGGCUUCACGCGCGUGGCUCUGGUACUCUGUCGGGGCCUUUUAUUUAUUUUUUUGUUGUGCCUUCCGGUCCGUGUCCCGUUCGGCGUGCCGCAUUCAGCCCGAGUGCCUCACAACCGUGCAAGGCACAUGGGUGUGGCUACGUGUUGGGAGAGAGACGUGUAAACGUGGAGGCGAUGUAAACACCAGGCGAUGUGUUCCUGCAGGGCUGCGGACGCUUCAUGGGCGAGGAAUGAGCUGUUUUUUUUGUUUUUUGUUUUGUUUUGUUUUUUGUUUUUCUUUAAAUGUCCGACUGUCCUGCAAAGCAGCUGAGCUCGCUGUCUCAGCUGUUGACCCUCGCAAAACAAAGAGAGGAUCACAGCUCAGCCGCAACAGUUCAAAGGGCACGAGUGAAUCAGUAACAUUUGGAUUGAUCGCAUCAGGGUGGCUUUGCUGAGUGAGCUACAAGAAUGUUUGCCUGCUGUCACAAGACCGAGACCUUUCUAUUUUAAACGACAAGGCAUGUUCCCGCAGAGAAGGCUACAGCUGUUUUGAAAUAUCCACGUGUAUAAAAGGUCACUUCCCAUCCCUGCUCCCUUCCUCCCUCCUGCCAGCUCUGCAGCGGUUGCCAUGGAGAACUCUUCAGUGGCCUCUGCAUCGUCUGAGGCCGGAAGCACGCGCUCGCAGGAGAUAGAGGAGCUGGAGCGCUUCAUCGACAGCUACGUCCUGGAGUACCAGGUGCAGGGCAUUCUGGGGGAUAAGCCAGAUGGAGACGUGGACGUGGACAUUGACAGCAAAGAACCGCAGUGGACAGACAACUGUAUCAUCCAGGGAGAUGGAAGUUGGACGUCAUCUCAGGGAAGAGACUCCUCUAAACGUGACGAGUGGGAGCACAGCAGCAAUGGCAGUACUGGAUCCAGACCCAGUUCAGGGUCCAGACCAGGAUCCGGCUCCCGCUCUGGCAGCAGAGGCAGAAACAACCAGUUUAAAGGCUCUCCCAAGAACGGGAACAGAGAUGUCUCCUUUGACAUCUUGGGGACAGACAUAUGGGCUGCGAACACUAUGGACUCGUGUGGGGGUGCAGGUUGGGACGUCCAACCAGAAAAGUUGGAUUUCAGCCACUUCCACAUGAAACACUUCAGAGGAAUGCCAAAGCAGCUGCCCCACAUUGACAGAGAGGGCAUGAGCAAAAACGUGUUUGCAGAAGAAGACGGGAUAGACAUGAAUGACCUGGAGAUGUUCUUGCCUCAUCUGCGCUCCGUCUUCCCACCCCUUCCUAAUGAGGCAGAGAUAGCACACACCAAAAAGCUCUUCCGUCGCAAGAGGAACGACCGACGAACAUUUGAUCACUUCACCCGAGAGCAGUUAACCAUACUUCUGCCCACUGGCCCAGGGGAGAAACGACGAGUCUCAGCCAGGAGGCAGCAGCGACCUCAGGGUGGUGGUGGAGGAGGAGGAGGAGGAGGAGGAGGAGGGGGGAAGAACCAGCCUCAGCAGAUACAGCAACAGUCUCCACAGCAGCAGAGGGAUCAAACCAAUCAGCAGUCUCCAAACCAGCAGGAGUUAAAUUUAACUGAACUGGGAGACAACAGAAACCACAACGCUGGGCGACCACCUCGCCAGCACCAAGGCGGACACGCCGGGCCUCGCCAGGGAGGACCUCCGCAUCACGGCUACAGCCAGAACCGCCGCUGGCACCACAAUCAGAAAGGUCAGGGGCACGGACAGACAAACGCUGCGGCCGAUAAAGAGGCAUCCCCGAAAACAACCAAAGACAAAGAGACAGAGAAUGUGAAAGUGGGCGAUGAGCAGAUCAGACCCGCACAGGACUGCAACAAUAGGAGUCCCAAUGAGUCGGCCAAGUCUGCCCCCGCACCCAGUGCGACGGCCCCCCGACACCCAACAGCUAACAAGGAAUCCCUCGUCAUGCCGCCAAGCGGAAAAACAAGCGAGGACCAGGCAGAGCAGCCAAAAGUCAGCCUUCUGCAGUCGUCAAAGGAGAGGCUGAGGAGGAGACUAAAAGACAAGGAGGAGAUACUCGCCGAGGAGUCUCGGUUGGGACCCCAGAACAUGGACCGGCUCGUGGAGCUCCUCAACAGCAUGAGGAGCAACAGCAGCGGCGUGGAACAGCAGCUGGCUUCUUUCAUGGAGGAGGCGCAGAGCUCGGCGCGGUCGGAGGAGUCGCUGGCCCAGGUGGUGGGAGCCAUCUACUCCAAGGCCGUGUCCGACCGAAGCUUCGCCGCCACGGCUGCCAAGCUCUGCGACAAGAUGGCGCUGUUCAUGGUGGAGGGAACCAAGUUCAGAUCGCUGCUGCUCAACAGGCUGCAGAGAGACUUCUCCCGCCGCGAGGAGCUGCAGCAGAAGGACGUGGAGCAGUGGCUGGGUUUCAUCACCUUCCUAUGCGAGGUGUUCUGCACCAUGAGCAGCUCCGGCCAGCCGUUCCGGGUGCUGGUGUGCCCCAUCUACACGUGUUUACGCGAGCUGCUUGAGUCAACAGAUGUUAAAGAAGAUGCAGUCCUUUGUUGCUCCUUGGAGUUGCAAAGCACGGGCCGUCUGCUGGAGGAGCAGCUCCCUGAGAUGAUGACGGAGCUCCUAGCAGCCGUCAGGGACAAGAUGCUGUGUCCGACCGAGUCCCAGCUGACCCGCUCCCUGCUCAUGGAGGUCAUCGAGCUGCAUGCGCAUCGCUGGAGCCCCCUGGAAGCUAUCACCACACAGUACUACGACCGUACCAUCCAGAAGCUCACCACCACAGCCUAGCGUGCCGGCUCCCAGUCAGAGGACACGGGGAGGGGGGGCUCCCCACUGAUGCCCCAAAGUCAGAUUAAAAUAUUUAUUAUUUGCAUUGCUCCUUGCCUGGAUGAUUAUCUGCUGUGUGCCGCUGCUGAACAUAAAAUUCAAUAAACAAGGUGACGGUGGAAGCAGACAAAGCUCAAAGAAAGCCGCAAGCAGCUGUGUGGCUAAAUGGCAACACUACAUGUGGUGAAUUUCAUAGACCAAACUGUUCUGUGGCCGGUAGGGGCAUGCUUGGCCACACAAGAGUUCGGGGGCUUUGGUGGAGCAGAGAUUAGAAGAGGGGGGGCGUGCAGGAGAAAGGGGGGCAGCAGCCUGUCCACGGGGAAUAGAGAGAUCUGUACCCAAAGAUGAAUGAAUGGACGGAGGGGGGAAGGGGGGGGGGGUCAGGGUGGUCUGUGUCAGUCUCUUCAUUGUGUUCAUUUGCCAAGCCAACCUCCCCUCCCUCAGUCUCUUUCUCCUCCACCCCCCUAUGUCUCUGCAUCAGCCCCUUGGGUCUUAGGGGCUGAUAAAAGAGAGACGGGGGAGGCGGGCAGGCAGGGAGCAGACACGGCGCUGUCUGUCUGGGCCGUCUGCCUCGCUGGAGCGGGAGAGAUCAGGUCAAAGGGUCUCGUGGGGGAGCUCCCCAUCCCUUCGCUACAUCUCCCCACAGCAGGAGCCCCCUUUUGAGGGGAUGAGACAGCAGGCCUGCUGGGCCGGGGAUAAGGCUCAGGCUGGCUGAAGCAGGGUGGCAGAUGGCUGCUCGAGCCCCCGCGAGGCGACGCGCUGCGAACACACCCCACUGGCACCCUGACUCCCCGCUCCCCAUUAAAACCGGGGAAACCCUGCCGUGGGGAAGGGGGGGGGGGGGGUUGGGGGCUUCAUCCGAGAGUCAAAGCAGACGCUGCUGUCUGAUAAUUCCUUUGUUUUUGUCUUGCAGGGGAAUGUCUCUUCUCCUCCGCUAGGCAGGUCGUGUCCAUGCUUUAUUUACCGCAUCAUCCAUUUCUGUUGUACGUUUUUGAUCACGUAUUGUUUUUCUCAUCGAUGUUUCCUUUUUGUGCUAAGAUGUAGGCGUAGGCUUUAUUGCACAGCUUGGAUUUGUUUUGCACUGUUUCAAUGCAAUUUGCUUUAAAUUUUUAAUAAGCAUGGGGGGGG